GGACUUCAAGAGACCAGGGAGGCUGCAAUACACUGCUCCCCAGUCCCACACCUUGGGCCGCUUCUUUUUGGAACACACAGAUGUCAGAAACCGAGCUGGAAAAGAUAAAAGUUAGAACAGCUGAGCAUUUUGAAAAUGAUAAAAAUAACAUUUCUUGGUUGAAGGAAGGAUUAUCCAGUUCAAUUCUAAAUCCUCUUGGAGAUCCUGAUACGCAACUCACAAAUGAAAACCAUGCAGACGAGAAACCCAUUAAUGCUAUCGUUAUAAAUUCAGUAUCCGAAUUCAAUAUCACAGAUGGACCAGCCAAGGAAACCCCCAAUGAGAAAAAACUGUCAGAAUCCAGCACAUCACUGUCCUCCCUUGAAGAAUGCCAAACGAAAUUUUCUUACCUCCAAACUGAUACUUCAGUUCAUCAGAGAGACACUGAUGAGGAUUGUGCCUCCCUCAUCCUCGCCUGUCUGUUUUGCCAGUUUUGGGACUGUCUGCUGAUGCUCCCCGAUAUUUGCGAAACAGUGUGUACCAACUUCUGCUGCCCCUCUCACAGGUAUCACCACACCUCGGAUGAGGACCACUCUCGGAAUGACUGCAACUGCAACUGUGACAUGGACUGCAGCCUUUUUGAAUCUUGCCACGAGACCAGCGAGUGUCUGGAGCUGGCCAUGGAGAUCUCAGAAAUCUGUUACCGCUAGCACAACGAGGUAACCACGCUCCGGCAGUCGUUUUGGCCACACUGGGAAAUUCCAUUACAACAACACUGUGAUUUCCAUGUGCUGAAAUGCAAGGACUAUACACAUUUCUUGGAUGCUAUAGGCCAUUUUUAUUCUGCACCUGUCUGGGAAAGCUAGUAUUGUCAACUCAAUGGUCUUAUUCCAAAUUCCACAAACGCAUGGCUCGCUGAAAAAUAAGAUUCUUGAUCACAUGUGAUGAACAAAUCUUAAAUACCUCUUAAAUGCCACAGGUACAAGAUGUUUCUUGACUAAAAAAUAGCAUGCUAAACCACUCUGUUAUUGCACUCAUCAGCUUGCAUCAUGGAUUCCACCUCAUUCACAAAUUCAGGACAAAUUAGUGCAUUCUUUCAGAAUUGACAUACAUUAGCUUGUCUUCCUAAUGGACUCAUGCAUAAACAUGAUGCAUUGUUGGUUAUUAUUAAUAAUGUAUUAUAUAACCUCAUUUUGUAAUUAAAAAUUUAUUUAUACAGUCCCUUAAAAUUCACUUAUAUGUACAGUUUAGCUAGGAAAGGGAAUUAAAUGAAUUAGAAACCAUGUUCCUAUAAUUACAACAGAUGUCUCUAAAACAUCUCCAGUGAAUUUUGAAUAUGGUGUACUUCAAGAGAGUGCUAUAAUUCUAGAGCAUCUUAUUAUAUGUCUAUGACUAUGUCAUAACAGGUUAUGCAUAUUCUUAAUUUGUUACAGAAAUGUUCUUUAUUCUUAUAAGCAUAAAUGGGAAUUCUGUGCAAGUUUCAAGAAAACGACCUUGGAUAAUCAAUUCUUCAUUAUCCUCAUUUCUGUUUGUCAGGUACGAUAAGCAACAGGAUAUUAAGACAAAAAUCAGUUCAUUUUACUAAACUAUCACAUGCAUAGGCACCCAAAAGAAAUACACACGCAGGUCCUUAUUCAGCACCAAGUUUCCUAAUACAGCAUGUACUUCAGAAACCAUAGAUUUUUUCUUUUUCUAAUAACUAAUAAUUAUGUUGAACUCUUCUUUACACUUAGAAUUUUUUUAAAACACUACAUAUGUGAUAUAAGCUGGAAAGCAAUUUUCAACUCAAAUUAAAACAAACAAUUUAAGGGGAAAACACAUUCAGGUUGACGUUACUUAGGGAUCUUAUUUACUUUCUGUAGGCAUGAUUCUACAGUCACUACACAAAUACAUUGGCUCCUUAAUAUGUGCUUAUCCAAGGAUACUUCAAAAUGCCCAUGGAAAAUAGAAUUAAAAGAUAAUGUGAAUCUUUCCAUGAACAUUUUGAAGUACCCUUGUAUAUUCAAAUGGAGAUAUCUUAAUAUAUUCAUUGAAUGUAAAAAAGCAUAAUGUAUCAAUCACCAAAGAAGAGAAAAGCAAAAUAGAGAGCUGAGGGAAUUUUUUUAUGAUCUAGGGAAACAACAACAAAAAUGCCCCAAAUACCUGUGUUUAUCUGACUCAGGUAAUUUCAGGAAAAAGCAACAUUUGUUUUAUUUCUGUAGUAAACUAGCACAUUUUUCUAAUCUGCAGUGAAUUUCCCCAACGUUGAAAACUAUGAAUCUUAAAAAAAUAUUUUUAAGCUGCCACUAACAAGGUAUCUACCCACUCCUGCCAUGCUCCUGACAGUGCAGUGCGCUCCUGGUGAAUGCCAGCUUUGCUGAUCUUUGGCUAUCUUGUUAUUUACAAACCACAGAGCAAGCGAGUGCCCCACUCCCCUUCUCAAACACUUCAAUCUCUCUGCUUUGCAGAAGCUCCAAGAGACAGCUCUAUAUUAGAUGCAUAGAAUUUGCACAUCAGUAGGGGGAAAAAAGUAGACUCGUAGAACAGGAAGGGAACCUAGGACUAUUCUUAUCCAACAUUCUCAUAUUUCAUAAGAGAAAACAGAGGCCCCCAAAUCUGACUUAUUUAAGACCACACAGUGAGUUAAUGGCAGUGUCAGGAACUCUAACUUGGCAUCUGAUUUUCUGACUCCACCUCACUACUCCAUAGUCCUUCACUACUUAGUCCAGCUGGUACACAGUGGUACAGCUGUUACAGUGAUUAAAAUACUAAAAUACUACCAGACUGGCUCAUAAACGUUUGUUGCCUUGAAUCUCCUCAGUGCUUUCUCUACCCCCCAGCCACCCUGGCCCCUCUCAGAGCACCCACCCCUCUACCCAUAGUCUAGAGACUGAAGGAAGAGCACCUGGACCUGCAGGGGGUCUCUGGACCCCUAUCCCAAUAAUAUGAUACCCGGUGGUGUUGAUCAGGCCAUGCUAAACAGUUGUUAAAUAUUUUGACCAUCAGCCCCUUUAUUCUUUCUAAUCUACAUACCCUCAAAUUAUGAAAAGACUAUGCAUUUCAAAUGAGAAUUGAAUGCUUGUCAGUUAGAGACAUAAAAAUCACCAAGUCUCAUUUUAUAAUGUGGUCAGAAUACUACAAGAUCUUUCUGUGGCCUUGGUUUCCACGGUUUGUUAACUUCAUUCCUCACUUUCAGAAUUCACUGUGCUAUAACAGAAAGGAUUGGUUAUACAAAGUGUGAAAUUUCCUUUCUUUAUAACCAAUAAUAAAACAUCAUCCUUUUUGCAAACGUGAA